AUGGUACUAUUAACAACGAGCCUGAUUGAAAAAAAAUAUCAUCAUCAUGAAUUACAAAAGAAUUCUAAUAAAAAUAACGGAAAAAAUUACUUACUAAAAAUGACUCAUCUUUAUAUGGAUAACAAAUAUAUCCAUGCAAUUGGAAACAUUUCGAUGUGCAAAAAUCUGCGAGUUAUUUAUUUAUAUAAAAAUAACAUUACAAAAAUAGAGAAUCUUAAUUUUGCCAUUAAUCUCACUCAUUUAUAUCUUCAACAUAAUAAUAUCGAAAAAAUUGAAAAUUUGAAUGAAUUAAAAAAUUUAACACAUUUAUUUUUGGGGUAUAAUUUUAUUACCACUCUUGAAGGAAUGGAAAAUUUGGAAAAGUUGAAUCAGCUUCAUAUUGAAUAUCAACAUUUACCACCUGGUGAAUCGUUAACAUUUGAUUUAAGAACUCUCUAUGCAUUAUCGGAUCAAUUAGAAGUCAUUAAUGUAACAGGAAAUAAUUUAACGUCAUUACAAAGUUUAAAUUGUCUUUAUAAUCUGAAAGUUUUAAUUGCAAAAAAUAAUAUGAUUGAUAAUCAAGAAGAUUUAGGUAAAUUAAUCAAAAAUCUUAAAUCUCUGAAACAAUUAUUUCUACAAAACAAUCCUGUAACAAAUCAUCAUAAAUACUGGAAAAAUAUUAUAUCCAAUUGUGGGAAUGCAUUGAUUAAUCUUGAUGACAAAAUGAUAAAUGAAACAUCUCGAUGUUUUAUGAAUAAUUUUAAUAGUAUGCAACAACUAAAAUUAGAAAAGCGAACAAGCGAUGUCAAUUUAAGCGAAAAUGUAACUGCAUCAUUGAAUUUACCACCAGCAUUUAAAAAGUCCGUAUCAAGAGCCAUAUUGCAAAAUAACUCUAAGUUGUCUAUUUAUGACUUUAAAGUAACAGAAGAUGGAGAAAUAAAAGCUCAAAUAUUUCCAUCAUGGAAAAUUGUAUCAUCAAGGACAAAUAAUAAUAAUUUACAUUUAAUGCCACGGCCGUUUUGGAGAAAUAAAUUGAAAAAAAAAGUCCUUUCUCAGCAUUCAAAAAUUAUGGAUUCUGGAAUAAUCUCUUCUGUAUAA